UGCACCACAUUAUUUGCAUAUCUGAUUGGAUCCUGCACAAGGCCAGAGUUCCAUUCUUUUUAAGUGCUGCUUUCUCUCCUUUCCCUUCCUUUAGCUUUGCCUUUUGUUUGGGCCCUUUGAAUCAUUUCAUCCUCCUCUCCUACAUCCUCCCCUUCACAAGCCUACAAUUACAAUGGUCUUAGGAUCAUGUGGGCUGCUACAGAGUGUGCAUGGGGGUGAGUAGCCACUCUUUUGGGGUGCCCAAACAUGAUUCUGGGAUUAUUUUUUUGCCCCAUUCUUGCAGCUUUCCUGCUCAUCAGACUGUUGCUGAAAUCUCUUUUUAUCAUCUGCUGUUUUCUGUAGAAGGUUUACAUAUGCCCCCACACUCUUUUUGUUCUUCCACCUUUUCCUUUAGCUCCUCCCCCCAUCUUGACCACUCCACAAUGCUGCCACCACCACCAUUUCCCCAGUGAUUGAGAUCUUCCAUUUUAAGUAGAAGAGACAGCCAAGGUAUUGCUCAUCUUGUAGGUUCUUGUCAUUUUGAGCCAGACACUUCUUGAGCCUCAGCAUUGCAAGAUACACUGGCAAAUAGGGCAAUUGCUGCCUCUUGGCUGCUGCAGGGAGGAAGAAGUACCAGUUGCUAAAGAUUGCCACAGUACAAAUGUGCAAUGCUUUAUCCAGCCAAGCAUGACACACAUCUUGCUGCAUUUUUUUUCGGUUCUGUUGGCUCUUCACAUGUACAAUGUGACGUCUCUUCACAAGCGGGACAUGCGCAUGAUGGUCAGUUUUUGGCAAAGCCUCAACCGUAUCUGAUGCGUGCAUUUCCUCUGCCAGCGUAGUAGGCGUUCAGCUGCCAAGCUGAAAGUGAGAGACACAGACAGAGAGCUCGGCGAAGAACUCGUGGCAUCCAAGAACGCACGUACUGCGUGCCUGCCAUGAGCGGCUUCGCGGGGCAGAGGCUGAGGCCGUGGAUGGGGGACGCCACCGGCGCUGAGCAGGCGGCCGGCGGCGACGCCAGGGACGACGCCGGUGGCGCGGCGGCGAAGGGGCUCGGCGACGCGUCCACGAACGCCAGCGCCAUCUCCUUCGGCUUCGCGGCGACCGCCAUCCUCAUCUCCAUGUUCCUCCUCAUGGCCAUCUUCGAGCACCUCAUCAAGCCCAGCCUGUCCUCGUCGUCGUCGUCCUCCUCCUCCUCCCGGACCUCCGCCCACGGCGACGAAGACGGACAGGGGCACGGCCAGUCGUCCCACUCGGCCGCCGCCGCCGCCGCCGUCUCGCCGGACAAGCUCUUCCGUCCGCCGGACAAGAUGGAGGUCGUGCAGGCGGAGGAUCUGACGGUGCUGAUGCCGGGGCAGCGGUAUCCGACGUUCCUGGCGCAGCCGGCGCCGCUGCUUCCAUGGCCGAGAGAAGGCGUGCGUUGGCCUCCCCAUGGCCAUGGACAUCGCCGCUGCUUCGUGCCGCCGUGACGUCACUCAGGAGCCCCCAUGCUUGCUUGUCUCUGAACCGCUGUCUGUACAGGAGAGCAAGAUGUAAAAAUUGCAGGAGUUGUUAUUACUGCGUGGCUCACAUAUUGGAAAUGUUGCAUCCAUGGCGGUGAAAGUGCUGGACGUUCUUAAGCCGUUGAUUGGGGGAAAUUCGUGUCUCGGCUGCUAAUCUCUGCGAAAGCCAUUCUUGUUCAUCCUCUUGUUUGCGACAGCUUUGGUUGAAAAUACUCAAUCGGUAAAAAAUAAAUAAAAAUUGGUUUUAGUGGACAGGAGAGAGUAAGUCGUUGGAUAGAUUAAACCCCUUCUUUCAGGGUAAGAUUAUUAAGAUAGAUUACUAUCAGCUAGAUUAUGAUAAUUUGUAGUAGAAUAAGUUGUGAGUUGUUUCUUUUCUAGAUCAUUGGGUUUGCAAUUUUAAAGAGUGAGUGGGGUGGCAUGGUGGGUAAUUUUUCACCCAAUAAUCUAGAAAAAACUCACC